UGACCAGCAGCCAGCAGCCAAUUCCACACUCUUGACUCUCUUUUGGAGGGCUGAGAAAGAAAGGGGUGCUUUCUUUAAACGACUGUUGACAGACUUGAUAUCUUAUAUAAGUUGUAGCCUUUCUAGCUCUUUUGGCCCUGUGAAGGAGAAAAGCAACAACUAAGAUAAUUAAGCCAGCCACAAGCACAUCUUGUUGUUGCCUUCCUAUCUACAACAGUCAACAAACAUCAUUUGGAGCAAUUACCGAAGAAAUUUUGAUCAAGACAUGGGGAUUCUGGGGGCAGAAGAUAGCAUAAGGAUGGAGCUGGAGGAGCUCCGCCGCAUGCUGGUGGCGUGCGCCGGCCUGCAAAGGAGGAAAGACGGGGAAGAGUUCAAGGGGGUUCGUGUUUCAACCAAAGGCACCGACGCCGAUGAUGGGCAGAAGUUGGUUUGCGUCACCAGCGGGGUUUCUUAUUUGGGCCUCGCCAUAGUGAAGAAGCUCUUGCUUCGUGGCUACUCCGUUCGGAUCAUCGUUGAAAGCGAAGAGGAUAUCAAUAAAUUGAGGGAGAUGGAAAGCUCAGGAGAGAUGGGGACAAGAAACAAUAAUGUUUCAGUAGUUAAGGCGAAGAUGACAGAGAUUGAAAGCUUAUUAGAAGCCUUUGAGGGCUGUCGUGGCGUAUUUCACACCUCUGCAUUCAUAGACCCCGCCGGCCUCUCUGGCUAUACGAAAUCCAUGGCUGAGAUCGAAGUGAAGGCUAGUGAAACUGUGAUGACAGCAUGUGCGAGAACACCAUCAGUAAGAAAAUGUGUGCUCACAUCUUCACUUUUAGCCUGCAUCUGGAAAGACAACAGCCAAUGUGAUCUCUCCUCUGUUAUAAACCAUGGCUGCUGGAGUGAUGAGGCUCUCUGCAAAGACAAAAAGCUCUGGUAUGCAUUGGGCAAGCUGAGGGCAGAGAAGGUUGCAUGGAGAAUAGCCAAGGAGACCAGGUUGAAAUUGGCCACCAUAUGCCCAGGUCUCAUUACCGGCCCUGAAUUCUGUCAUCGAAGUCCAAUGGCGACAAUUGCUUAUCUUAAAGGAGCUCAAGAGAUGUAUGCAAAUGGGUUGCUGGCGACAGUCGAUGUAAACAAAUUGGCGGGGGCGGAAGUAUGUGUUUUUGAGGCAAUGGACAACAAUGCAGCAGGCAGAUACCUUUGCUUUGAUGAAGUUAUUGAAAGGGGUGAAGCAGAAAAGUUGGCAGGAGAAGUGGGAAUGCCAACAAACAAGAUUUGCGGGGAUGAAUCUGGGGAUGUUGAGGCUCGGUUUCAGUUGUCUAAUGAGAAGCUUUCGAGGCUCAUGAGAAGAACACUCCGACAUUGUUACAGUGAAUGUUAAAGAGAUCGAAUCAGGCCCCUUUUAUGUCACCUCUCUCACUCAUCCUUUAUUAUUUUAUUUCUAGAGUUGUUCUCUAUUAUUUUCUUUUUAGAAAAGAGUAGUAGGUUUCAAUGGGAUGGCAAUUUUUUAUACGAUUCGCGAAUUCUAUACAAACUCAAACGAAAUUAGUGGAUUAUGAUAGAGUGGUUUGGCACGUUUAAUUUAA